AGAAACAAUUAUUAGAAGUAAUUACCUUCAAAAUUACAUAUGUCAGCAAUGUGAAAAACUAUACACCUCAAACCGCCAAUAUAAGGACCUCCCCUUGUCUUUCUCCUCUUUACCCCUCUCCCUCUUCAUUGCAGAAGAGACUGAGACCACUCUUUCCUCUUCCCCUCUCCUACGCUUUCCUCAAUCAGGACUAUUCCGUUGAGGCACUCAACGAACACCCAUAAUUCUCCAGGACUCGUAUCGUUCAUAACCGAGUGAUCAUCACCUUCGUUAAAUCAAUGGAUUUCCAUCUGGGUUUCCUCGUGCUGUGCUCUGUUCUUGUUUUGGCUUCUGGGAAUUCAAGAAAUCUCCCGAUCGUAUCGUUUGAAGAAGGGUAUUCACACCUUUUUGGUGAUGACAAUCUCAUGGUCCUAAGGGAUGGAAAAUCAGUCCAUCUCUCUCUAGAUAAACGAACAGGCUCUGGAUUUGUGUCUCAAGACCUUUAUCUGCACGGAUUCUUCAGUGCUUCUAUCAAACUGCCUGCGGAUUACACUGCUGGUGUUGUUGUUGCAUUUUAUAUGUCAAAUGGGGACAUGUAUGAGAAAAAUCACGACGAGCUGGACUUCGAGUUCUUGGGGAACAUCAGAGGCAAAGACUGGAGGAUUCAGACGAAUGUUUAUGGAAAUGGAAGCACAAGUACUGGUAGAGAAGAGAGAUACGGCCUGUGGUUUGAUCCUUCUGAGGAUUUCCAUCACUACAGUAUUCUCUGGACUCAGAAUCAGAUCAUAUUUUAUGUUGACAAUGUACCCAUAAGAGAGAUCAAAAGGACAGAAGCAAUGGGUGGAGACUUCCCCUCUAAGCCAAUGACUUUGUAUGCCACAAUCUGGGAUGGUUCUGACUGGGCCACAAAUGGGGGUAGGUACAGAGUCAAUUACAAAUAUGCCCCUUACAUUGCCGAAUUUUCCAACUUCGUCCUCCACGGCUGCGCUAUCAACCCGAUUGAGCCGUCGUCAAAAUGUGACCAUGCAUCAAAUUCCGAUUCCAUCUCUACUGGUAUCACAUCCGAACAACGAACCAAAAUGGAGAGUUUCAGAACCAAGCAUAUGCAAUAUUCCUAUUGCUAUGAUAAAAACCGGUACAAAAUUCCUCCACCAGAGUGUGUAAUCGAUCCGCGGGAAGCAGAGCAGCUUAGAGGUUUUGACCCUGUCACGUUCGGUGGGGUACGUCGCCACCAUGGGAAACACCACCACCGGAGCCGAUCAAGCACGGCUAUCUGAGGAGACUAAUUUCUAUAUUUGCAUAUGGGCAUUAUCAUAAUCUUCUGUUGAAUUUUCAAAUCUGAUCAUUUGUUUUUGUGAAUAGAUAAAGGGGGAGAGGGACAGAGAGCAUAUAUUUCAUUGAUGGGUAUGUGUAUGUAUAUACUUCAUACCUUCUUGGUUCCAAGCCAUCUUCUCAUUGAUAUGUUGUCUUUGGCUUUAUAUUUUGAAAUUUGGUGCUUAUUUCUGUACUUAUGGCACAUCCUAUGGUUUCAAUAAAUAUAUCAGUAUAUGGAGUUACUAGUGUA